AUGCAUCAGUUAAUUUCUUGGCACAAUGAUACUGAAAAGAAAUUGCAAAACUAUUCAGAAAAGGGUACACUUGAAGAAAAAACUCAGCAGUAUAAUAAAUUUCUGGAUUUAGAAAAAGAAAUUAAAGGAAAAUCUAAUUCGGUGAAAGAUUUAAUUGCAUUUGGCGAUCACCUUCAACAAUCAAUUAUAGACGAUCUGAAAAAGAAAGUUUUAGACGUAGACAAAAUUAUUGAUCAAUCAAAUGAUUAUGAAUCUACUGGAGAAGUACGACUGUCAACCAAAGUAAAACAAAUAUCAUCUCGUUAUCAAUCAAUGCAAACUACAAUAAAGGACAUUUUAAAUAAAUGUAAUGAAUCUAUUAAAAUCCACCAAGAAUAUGUGGAUAAAUACAACGAAUGUUCAAUUCAACUUUCAAACGUUCAAAGUCAAUUUAAAAACUUAAACAAACCUCCAUUAUCAUCACAAGCUCACCAAUAUUUAAUACAGAAAAAUGGAAAAUUAAAUGAAUUAUUAGACACAAAACCAAAUGUAACAUGUUUGUUGAAUAGCUGUAUGGAAUUAGGAGAAAAAUUAUAUUUGAGUACGUCCACGUCGGGAAGGGAAAACAUAAAAUGUCAGUUGGAUGAACUUCAAACUGUAUUUGACACUUUGUACGAUGAUAUUUUGAACAUCAACAGAGAAGUUAAAGAUCAACUUACUAGAUGGAGUGGAUUUGAAGAACUGUAUAAUGAACUGAACCAAUGGUUCAAUAAUACAAAGCAGAUAUUGAAUAAGGAUUUAGUACUCAAAUCUACAUUGGAUGAAAAGAAAAUGCAGUUACAAAUUUACAGGGAUAUGCUCCAAGCCACAUUAAAAAGGAAGCAAGAUAUUGUAAAGUUACAGGACCUUACUGGCAAAAUGCAAAUGCAAGAAAAUAAUGAUAUUCUUUUAUCGUCCAUGAGCAAACAACAUGAUGAAAUUUUAAAACAAAUUCAAGAUUUUGUAGACAAAUAUGAAGCUAUUGUAAAAGACCAUGAACAGUAUACUAAAUCUGUAAUGGAAAUGCAAGAAUGGCUUGAUGCAACACAUAAUACGUUGAUGCUCUGGGGUGAUACAAAUUUGGAAAAGAUUUCUUUGUUGAGCAACCUGGACAGAAUAAAGAAUUUGUUAUUAAGCCUUACUGAAGAAGAAAACAGGAUUUAUAACAUACAAAAACUAGCAGAAAAAGUUAUUCCUGGUACUGUUGAAAAUGGCCAAGUAAAUAUUAGGGCGCAAAUUGAUUCAUCACAACAAGAUUGGGAAGGACUCAUGACGACAGUAAAAACAUCAAUAGAAGCUUUAGAAAGUAAACUUAAUAGUUGGAAUGAAUUUGAUGUACUCAAGGAAUCAUGUUUAACAUGGUUACGAGAAACUGAUUAUAAAAUCCAUGCUAUUGAUUUGAAAAAUUCAUUACAAGAAAAGAAAACUCAGCUGGAAGAACUUAAGGAGUUACAAGGAGUGAUUCGAGCUAAAGAGUUUGAAAUUGAUUCAAUCACAGAAAAAUCACAAAACCUUUACACAAUGUCAAUGUCUACCAAAAAUUCUCAAAUCACAGAAAUUGUUCAGAAAUUUCAUCAGCUUUCGAUGAAAAUAAAAGAAUUGGUUGGAAAGUGGCAACAGUUUGUUAACAAUCACUUGGAAUUUGAAAGCAGUUUAAGUGAAGCCAUUAUUUGGUUAGAUACUGUGGACGAUAAAUUAACAAGUUGUACAGACUUCAAAUCUACCAGUAAAGCUGAUUUAGAAGAAAAACUAAUUUUAAUUCAAGACAUCUUGUUAUAUAAAGAUGAUGGUUUUAAUAAAGUUCAAAAUUGCAUUGAAAUAGCACAAAUAGUCUUGGCUAAUACCGCACCUGCUGGUCACAAAUCAAUAAAUGAAUCGCUUAUAUCUUUGCAAGAACAUUGGAGUAGUUUAGCAACAAAGAUGGUUGAAACUAAGACAAAUAUUGAUGAAUCAAUCCAGCGGUGGUCAGGAUUUUUAGAACAUGUCAAACAAGUAGGAAAGAUAAUAGACAAAUUUGAGGAUGCAUUACCAGAGUUGGAAGAAUUUCAAGGGACCAUGUCUGAAAAAAGAGAUCAAUUAGAAAAAUUAAAACAUUUAGACGAAAAAAUCCGUUGUGAAAAGUUAGAAAUGGAUUCUUUGAAAUCAAAAGCACAAGAGAUGUUAAAGACAGGGCAUCAAAGCAAUGCUGUGGCAGAAACACAGGAAGUAUUUAAUAAGUUUGAUCGAAUUUCAGAUAAAGUCAAGAAAUUACUUAAUCAACGUGAGCAACAAUAUAAAGAUCAUAAAACCUAUAAGGCAGCAUACGAAGAGCUAUCUAAUUUUUUGAAUAGAUCUCGAGAUAAAAUACCAUCACUGAAAGAACGACCACUUAGUGAUAAAUUAGCAAUUGAAAAUGCAAUAACACCAUUGGAAACCCUAUUAAAUAAAAGAGCUCAAGGCGAAUUGCUUUUAGACAACUUAAACACAAUUGGAGGCAUUAUAAUGACAAGUACCUCUGAAAAUGGAGAAAAAAUUAUAAAACAAGAAAUUUCAUCCAUAGCUGAUGAAUUGAAUAAAUUAUUUGAUGAUAUAUUAACUCAAAAAGAUAAUCUCCAUGCUAUUCAUACACAUUGGAGAGAAUAUAAAGAUGAAUAUGAAAAACUAUCAGAUUGGUUGCAACAAAUUGAUAUAUCUAUGAAGGCUAUUAAAAAUACACCAUUAGCGACUGUAUUAGAAAAAACUGAUCAAGUAAAACAAAUACAGGACGUGUUAGAUAAUUUAGAAAAAGGAAAAUCUAAUAUUGAGAGAUUUAAUGAAAGUUCGGGCCCACUUUUAAAAUCUCAUCUUGAAACUUAUGUCAAUAAUCAGUUAAGACAUCUUAAUUCCCGUUAUGAAGUUCAAGUGAAUUUGGCGAAAGAUGUUCAAAGGAAAGUAGAGACUAACCUUGAACAUCAUGUGCAGUAUGAAAACUAUUUACAAAAAGCUAAAACAUGGAUAAAUGAUGCAAAAGAAGCAAUUCGGUGUGGAAAUGAAACAACAACAGCUAAUACUAGUAAAGAAGUCUUACAAUCUCGUCUUGAUAAUAUUUUGGAAUUAUUAAAAUCACAAGAAGAAGGUCAAUUAAUUAUUCAUUCCACUGUAAAUUCUGGUGAAAAAGUACUGAGAAGUACUAGAUCGGAUGGGAAAGAUUUAAUAAACAAUCAAUUAAAAGAAAUCCAAGCAGACUGGGAUAGGCUUGUGAAGAAAAUAGCAACAUCAAAAGUACAUAUUGAAACAAGCCUUCUACAAUGGGCUGAUUAUAAUUCAUCAUACUCGCAUCUAGAACAAUGGAUUUCAGAUCGUGAAGCCAAACUUGACGAAGUUUGCGAACUUAAGGUGUCAAAAGCAAAAAAAAAUCAAGUUGGAAUCGGAUCCCUAAGUAUUGGAGAACGUAAAGCAACAUUACGUAGAACAAAUAGUAUUGUUCAAGACAUAGUUUCAUUUGAACCUAUGAUUCAAAAAGUGACACUCAAGGCUGAAGAUUUGCAACAGGCUGUACCUGCAAAUGAAAUUACUAAUAAAUAUCAUACAUUGAGUAUCAAAGCAAAAGAUCUAUAUGAAAGACAAAAAGAAACAGUUAGAUUACAUCAAGAAUUCAUAGAUGCCGGAAAUGAUUUUGCUGCAUGGCUGCGGUCAGCUAAAGAACGUGUUAGUAAAAUAUCUGAACCAACAGGAGAUAAAGAAAUGUUGAGUGCGAAGUCUGUGCAAUUCAAGGUACUACAGAGUGAAUUACCUACUGGACAAAACAAAUUGGAGGUUGCUCUUGAAAGAGCAGAGAAAGCCUGUUCCUUUGCUGAUGAAGAAGAAAAAGAAAUAAUUGAACAAGAAGUGGUAAUGCUACAAGAAGAAUUUGAUAUACACAACGACACUCUUCAAAAAACAAAAGCAUUAUUAGAAGACGGAAUAUACAAAUGGAAUGACUUUGACGACUACUCUAAAGGCGCAACUGAAUGGUUGAAUAAUACUGAACAACUUGUUCAAUCAUACAAUAAACUUCAGCCAACUUUAGAAGGAAAAAAGGAAGCAUUGGAAGAAUUUCAAACUCAUUUGCAAACAUUGUUUGAUUGGCAGAAGGAAUUGGAUAUUUUAAAUGGAAAAGCACAGGUUCUAUUGGAAACAUGUUCUGAUACACGUUUAUCAAAUUCAAUCACUCAGAUGACAACCAAAUACAAUACAUUACUUUCUUUAGCUAAAGAAGUAAUGCGACGUUUAGAAUUACAUUAUCAAGAACACCAACAACAUAAUUCACUAUAUCAGGAAUGUCUGGAUUGGCUUGAAAGAACUCGAGAUAAGUUAAAUGAAUGUGAAGAAAUACCUAACAGCUUAAAUGAAGUGAAGAGUAAACUUCAAAGCUUAAAAGUGAUUAGGCAAACACUCGAACAAGGUCAAAAUCGAUUAAGAUAUAUAAUGGAAUUAAAAGAAAAAGUUGUUCUAAGUACUGAACCUCAAGGUACUGUUAAAAUCGAAGAAGACACAGAAAAUUUAAGACAAGAAUUUGACAAACUUUCUAAUAAAAUUCAAGUUUGUAACAAUAAUUUGACACUGAGAGUAUCACAACUUGAAGAAUUAGAGAAAUGUAUAAAAAUAUUAAAUGAAUGCUUAGAUGACAUAAGCUCUAAAAUCAAUGGAAAUGAUCUUGAUCAACCCUUAAAUGACUUAAGUGAAAAGAAAACUGCAUUUGAAAAAUUGAAGUCCCUGCUUCAUGAACUUAAUACUCACAAUGAUUUAGUUAAUCGCUUAUCGUCCAAUAUUGAUAACAAGUCUUCUUCACCUCAGGAAUCCAUAACUUGUGUAUCAAGAUAUAAUAGUCUUAUUAAUAUGAUAACUAAUAAACUAUCAGCUAUGGAAAAUCAAGUAGCAGAACAUGAAGCUUAUAGAAGUGCGUUUAUAAACUUAAAUGAUUGGUUGAGAAAAACUCGAGUUGCAGUUCAAGGUUGUGCUGAUACACAUGGGGAUAAUAAAGUUAAUGCUUCUAAGAUCACCCAGCUAAAAGAUAUUGAAGAAUCUUCUCAAAGUGGUGAAGGAAUGAUCAAAGAUGUUUUAGCACUUAUUGAAACCCUGAAAAACAGUACUGGGCCAGAAGGCUGUGAUAAAUUAAACCAAGAUAAAAAUCAAUUGAACAGUGACUGGGACGAGCUGAAGCAUUUUAUUAAGGAAGUGCAAUCUGCAUUAAAUAAAUGUGCUAAGGCGUGGGAUGAUUUUAAUAUAGUAUAUAAGGCAUUAAAAGAUUGGGAAACAGAUUUAACCAAUAAAGUCAGCACAGCUUCAUUGUCUAAUGAAGCAUACACUCCAGAUGAUCUAGACCAAUACAAACUUUGGCUUCAAGAAAUUAUUAAUCAAAAUGUAUCUAUUGAAGAACUAACUGAUCGGUGUGAAUCUUUAAUGGAAUUAAGUGCAUGCAAUUGGGUUAGAGACGACACUCUAAAAAUACAAUCAUCAUAUACAACUUUAUUAACUACUACUCAAGGACUUGUAUCAAAAGCAGAAAAGAGUUUGACUGAUCAUACUGAAUUUAUAGCGGCAAAAGAAAAAGUUGAAGAAUGGUUGAAUCGUGCUCAUGGUACAGUUCAAGAUUGCAUUGGAGAAGGUGAUUUAGAUUGGGUAAAAGACAAACUACAAACAGUAAAUCUGGUUUCUUCUAGAAUAACUGAAGGUCAAUAUUUAAUGAAUGGUAUGCAAGAAGUUUUCACCAAAGCAUUGAAUAACACAUUAGCAGCAGAAAGAAAUGCUUUGGUUAAUUCUAUGGAAGAACUAAGUAACAGUUGGAACAGUUUAAAUAUUGAUUUAAAUUCUGUUAUUGCACAUUUAAAAUCUCUCCAAGCCCGCUGGGAAGAGAACAACGAAGCAAAGGAUAAUCUUGAGAAAUGGCUAAGUUCUUUGGAAUCUAAAACAACUAAAAAGCAUGAUUUUAGAGCAGAUGUUGGAGAAAUGAAAACGAUUCUCGAAAGAUUAAAUAAUACUAUAAAUGAGAUUGAUGAAAAAGAAACUGAUUUCAACCAUGUUAUCACUGAAACCGAAGAACUUUCAAAGUUCUGUAAAAAUAAUAAUCUAAAUUCUGAUAUUAAACAGUUAAAAACAAGGAAAAAUAUUCUUAAAGAAAAAACAUUGAAACGUAUAGAUAGUCUAGAAAGUGAAAUAUCUCAACAUUCCAAUUAUUUACAAGCACUCCAAGAAUCUGAAAAAUGGUUAUUACAAAUAUCAUUCCAGUUGAUGGCUCAUAACUCAUUGUAUAUCACCAAUAGACAACAGACACAAGAACAAAUAAGUCACCACCAAGUCCUACUUAAUGAAAUUAUUCAGUACCAAGAAGUGUUAGAUGAUUUAAAAUCAAAGGGAAAAACUCAAAUACAGCGUUAUGUUACAUCUACACCGUCAAUUCAGACUAUAGUUGAACAGCAAUUGAAUAAUAUUCAAGAUAGUUAUAAUUCACUGUUUAACACAGCCCAACAAAUAAAAGCUAGACUCGAAGAGUCUCUAUUAAAAUUCAAACAAUACGAAGACAUGUUGGAAAGCAUUUGGUCCAACUUGGAUGAUUACCAACCAUUUAUGAACAAAACCAUAGAUGAUAAUUGGACUCUUUCAGAAGCAAAAGAGCAAUUAAUAAUUUACCGGGAUCUCCUGAAUAAGUUACAAGCGGAAAAAACUAGGUUGGCUUUAGCUGUACAGGCUUGUGAAGCUGCAGUAGCGAGUAUUUCUAGGCCUAGCAGUCCUGUGGAGUCAAGCAACUCUAUGAUUCCCGAACAAGAAAUUUCCAUUCGUUUACGCUUAGAAGAAAACCUUGAUCAGAAAAGCAAACUGGCACCAAAACCAUCUAAAACACUGUUGUCAAUGCUUGAACACUUAGAAGACACAGGCAUACCUAACUUUAAUUCCAUUUACUGA